AUGGGCCGCGCUUGGAUCCAGCUGAUGUAUUUUGUGGAACAGAAACCUCGUAAGAGUAUUCACGUUGCACACCUGGCUUAUGAAAUAGAACUAGCCCAACCCAAGACGGCUGAAGAAAAAGAGUGGGAGAAAGUACAAGAAUCUCUGUACGGCAGGAAGAAACCAGGUCAGACUGUCUGCAGAAUCCCAGCUGCCGCUCCAGAGGAACCCGAUUACAAGGAGGCCUUCCGGGAUCUGGUCCGGAACCACCACGGCCUGCAGCCUCUGGUGUCACUGCUCUCUAAAGCAGAGAACAAACAGCUGCUGGCUGCUGCCACCGGGGCCAUUUGGAAGUGUUCAAUCAGCAUGGAGAACGUAGCUAUCUUCCAGGAGCACAAAGCUCUGCAGAUCCUGAUUGGUCUGCUGACUGAUCAGCCUGAAGAGGUCCUGGUCAAUGUAGUGGGAGCUCUGGGACAGUUUGCUCAGAUACAAGCUAACAAGGCCGUCAUCUGCAACGGUGGGGGCAUAAGGGCUCUCAUUAACCUGCUCAAUGGAACAAACCAGGCUCUGCUUGUAAAUGUAGCAAAGGCUGUUGGAGCUUGUGCCACAGAAAAGAAAAACGUGGUAACCAUUGACCAUCUUGAUGGAGUCCGCCUGGUGUGGUCACUGCUAAAGAACCCUAAUGCAGAAGUUCAGGCUAGUGCAUGGGCCAUUUGUCCGUGCAUCGAGAAUGCAAAGCUUGUCUCUCAAGCUGCUGCUUCUGCUGGGACGUCAGCAGAGGCAGAGCUGUGUCAGCAGGGGCUUACAUGA